CCAGUAAACACUGCAGGUUUUUCGAGCAACGUCAUAAUUUCCUCUGUUUAAAAAAGCGUCCCACCUUCAACUUGCACAUCAUAGACUAGAGAUGACUGUGUGACACAGGCUGAGAGAACGCGUCAAUGCGGGGUCAGGGAAAUAUGAUUGCGGCUGUUUUGCUGCUGUGCGCUGACUGGAUGACGCGAGCUGCGGCUGUGACAGCUCAAAAGACUUGCGAGUCCACACACGAGGUGAUGUAUUUUGUGCCAGCUGACUACCUGAAUGCAUCAAGUUCUGUCAAACUGGCCUUAUGUGUUGGUAAGAAACUCGGCAUCUCCCUGGAGGGAUUGAGUGGAUCCCCUGUCUGUGACUGGAUCAGAGGAAAAGACCUCAUAAUGUCAAUCAAUGGGAGCCAUUCCUUGAACCCGACAUUGCUUUCUGAGGCAGAUUCUGGGGACUACACGCUGAAUUGCGUGUCAAGUGGAGUCAGUUCCUCAAUGACUGUGCAUCUUGUUGUUAUAAAACGUCCCACUAAGCCUCAGCUGAUGUUGGAGAACGUAGGUCAUCCCCGUAGGUCCCCUACUGUCAAGUGCACAUCUAACGGCAGCCCAACACCCAACAUUACAUGGUUUACCAUAAAAGAUGGGAACGGUAAAGAUUUUAAGAAUGAGAGUGUAAUAAAAAGUGCUCACUAUAAUGACAAAGUGCCAAUGUGCUGUGCUGAAAACACAGAGGGACAAGAGUGCUCACAACUAUAUGACUAUGACUUAGAAAAAGAUGAAAUGACCACGGAGGAGGUUUCCAAUGUAACUGUGACACCUGAUCAGUCUUUACUGCUACGAUGUCGAGAAACAAGACCACUGGAGGAUGAGCAGCCGGACCCUCUGUGGGAGAAGGACAGCAAAAUACUGAAUCCCCCCUCUUCAAUGAAGAAAGAGAUCUGCUUAAAGAGGAGUGCACAUAUGGACACUCAAAUGCUCUACUUAUUCAUCAAAUCAGUUCAUGUGAACGACUCUGGCACUUACACCUGCAGGAGUGGGAAAACUCAAACUAAGUCUAAGUCUGUCUACGUUCACGUGCAGGCGGAAGGUUUCGUCUCUGUGCAGUUGGAUCAGAACAUAACUGUUCCUGCUUCGGACGCAUCAGAUUUCUGUCUGCAAGCCCGUGUUUCCUACCACCCUGUGCUCCAGUACUGCUCCUGGGAGGCUCCUGAUAAAACCAUCACUCAAUGCAUCAGGGACAGAUUUGUAGCAAAACACAGUACUGUGAGGCUAUGUGGUCCACUCACCUCAGGAGAUUAUAAGAUACAUUUAGAGGCCGGAGGUCACAAGGAAACAAAGACCAUAUCUGUGUGCGUUGAAGGCGAAGCAGUGUUCAGGUUCAAGGAGGACGAGGAUAACGUCAUCUAUGAGACUGUGAGGCUCGUGCCCGCUAACUAUUCCUGGCUGUCCUGCUCCUCUGGUCACAGGUGUAAGGACUCGCACUCUUUAUGGGAGCAGAUUCCGGGCUCCUCUCGAACGGACUCCGACGCCCGCUGCAACAAGACGAUCAUUAGCUCGCUGAGCAAAAAGCUGGCCGGUGAAAAUAUGGUGAAGUUUUGUGUCACAAACUCAGCCGGCUCCUGGUGCGAAACUCUAAUCUUUAAUCCAACACUGCAGGCCGUUAAAGGUGCUCCAAAUAAUCACGACACCCAAACAGUGCUUAAAACAAGCAUUAUUUUUCUGAUACUAGUUUUGACCGUUGUCGUCGUGAUUCUUGUGUAUUUUGUUAAAAAGAAGAAGCCCCAGUAUCAGCCUCAGCUCCAGAUCCUCCAGAUGAUCGGCCCCAAUGACAACGAUUAUAUCUACAUCAACUUCAAGGACUUUGAAUAUGAUAUGAAGUGGGAGUUUCCCAGGGAGAACCUAGAACUGGGUGAAGAACUGGGCUCUGGAGCGUUUGGCACCGUGGUCCAGGCUACGGCCUUUGGAAUCAAAAAGCCCGGCGUCUCCCACCAGGUGGCCGUGAAGAUGCUGAAAGAGAAACACCAGGCGGUCGAGAAGGAGGCGCUGAUGUCAGAGCUGAAGAUGCUGAUUCACAUCGGUCACCACGCCAACAUCGUCAACCUGCUCGGUGCCUGCACAGAGACAGGACCAAUAUACCUAAUUUUCCAGUACUGCUGUUAUGGAGACCUGCUGAACUACCUGAAAAGCAGCAGCGAGCGCUACCACAAGUCUGUGACCGACGCGUUCAACACCGACCGCUUCAGCAGCCUCUACAAAAACCUGAAACCCAGAAGGAGUGACCUAGAAGCAGCAGACAAUUAUGUGCCCAUGCACGACUCCACCACCAGGGGGCAGGAGGAAAUCGCGCUCCUCAACCUCAGCUCCGCCGACAUGGACCUGUAUGAAGAAAUGUACGAGAACCUGGAGGGCCAGAGCGACGAACUGAGAGCCCUGACCUUCGAUGACCUGCUGAGCUUCGCUUUCCAAGUGGCCAAAGGCAUGGAGUUCCUGUCCUCCAGGAAUUGCAUCCACCGUGAUCUGGCAGCUCGAAACGUGCUGGUGACGAAGGGCCGAAUGGUGAAAAUCGGUGACUUUGGCCUCGCCCGGGACAUCAACAACGACUCCAACUACGUCGUGAGAGGAAACGUGCGUUUGCCCGUGAAGUGGAUGGCGCCGGAGAGCAUCUUCCAGGGGAUGUACACGAUGCAGAGCGACGUCUGGGCCUACGGCGUUCUGCUCUGGGAGAUCUUCUCACUCGGCGUCACUCCGUACCCGGGGAUGAAAGUGGAUCACACGUUCUAUUCACUGAUUGAGAGAGGAUUCAAGAUGGAGCAUCCUUACUACGCCAGCGACGCCGUAUACGGGAUGAUGUGUGAAUGCUGGAACUUGAAUCCCAGCGACCGCCCUUCAUUCUCCAAACUGGUUUCCUUUAUGAGUAGCCAGCUGACAGACAGAGAGGAGAAGCUUUAUCACAACGUGCUCGACCAGACCUGCAGCGACUACCAGAACGCACAAGCCAUUGCACACAUUUCCGCUUUGACCGAGCAAGGCGGCAACAAGGCGCGGUCAGCCAACGACUACUGUCAAACCAGUUCCACUGAAAGAAGAAAAGCAGAACGCUGUGACUAAGACGCUCUGGUCCCUGAGAAGAAGCUUCUGUUGGGGAGUAACCACCUAUAGUACGCGAUCACUGUUCAAGGCAUUAACAUUUCAUAUAUAAGUCUUAAAACAUGGUUUAUUGUUCUGGAAAUAUACAGAAAUGAAGAGUUGCGAUGUGUGCAUUUUGUUUUGUUUAAAUAUUUUAGAUGCCUUUGAAUUAUGCAAUAAUUUAACAUAUGUAGCAAAGCAUUCAUUUUCAUUAUAUGGCUGAGAUAUUAGCAAAAUAUAUUUUAAAGCAUUAUGUCUGAAUGUUUAGUUUUAGGGCAGCUAGAGGCAGAGAAACAAUCAAGCUACAUGUUUAACUAACUCAUGUUGUUUUCCACUAUUUCGGCUGCAUGGCAGCUUUUAACCUUGAAAUGUUUUUUAUACAGUAUUGAUGUGCAUUUUGGUGUAUUCUUAUAUGUGCGAGCAGUUUCAUCUCAGAUUUUAUAUGCAUUUAAAUAUUUUUUUUACAUUGUAUGGACAAUAUAUUUUACAUUAAACAAAAAAGUUUCAUCUCAGAUUUUAUAUGCAUUUAAAUAUUUUCUUUACAUUGUAUUGACGAUAUAUUUUACAUUAAACAAAAAAACUGGUGA